UGCGCGCGGAGGAGGAGGAGGUGCCGGGCGCCUGCUUCCCGCCCCCGAGCCUGAGCCGGAGGCAGAUCCCGAACCGGUGGCGAGUGGAGCUGAGCGAGGUCGGGCCCGCAGCGGAGCCGGCUGAGCGGGCGCCGAGCUCCCGCCAUGGCCCGGAACACGCUGUCCUCGCGCUUCCGCCGGGUGGACAUCGAUGAGUUUGACGAGAACAAAUUCGUGGACGAGCAGGAGGAGGCGGCGGCGGCGGCGGGAGAGCCAGGCCCGGACCCCAGCGAGGUGGACGGGCUCCUGCGGCAAGGGGAUAUGCUUCGGGCCUUCCACGCAGCCUUGCGGAACUCUCCAGUCAACACCAAGAAUCAGGCCGUGAAGGAGCGAGCCCAGGGCGUGGUGCUGAAAGUGCUCACAAACUUUAAGAGCAGUGAGAUUGAGCAGGCUGUGCAGUCCCUGGACAGAAACGGCAUUGACUUGUUAAUGAAGUACAUUUAUAAAGGGUUUGAGAAGCCCACAGAAAACAGCAGCGCAGUGUUACUCCAGUGGCAUGAAAAGGCCUUAGCUGUAGGAGGACUAGGCUCCAUUAUAAGAGUUCUUACAGCAAGAAAGACUGUUUAAAACAAACACAAAAACAAACAAAGGACUCAUGUUACCCUGAAGAAUUUGAUGCCCAGGCUGGUGAAGAAGGGAUUGACAAUGGACCAUCAUCCUAGGAGCUCCCAACUACAAAUUUCAGGACACGUAUCUGCUGAAAUGUAUUUUAUUUUUGAGGUGGAGGGAGAAUUGCUGUUUCCUAAACCCUUUGCAGGAUCUCAGUCUGCCGCUGUCUACAGAGUUCUGUAGUGCUGACCCUUGACCACCUUCAGAGUGGCCCGCUGGUGUCGGUCAGGUGUUAUCGUGCGCACUGCCUGUUUGAAAGGGGGAGGGAUGAUUUGGGCAGGUGCAGAUCCAAGGGCUGUGGUGAAAGGGAGAACUUGUUUUCAGACAUGGGAAAACCUGAGAGUUUGUACAGAUACUGUCUUCCCAGAGAAGGCAGACCCUCUCGGGUUCAUUGUAAAGUGCCUGCUGCAUCAAUAAAGCUCUUGGCUUAUUAGUA